CAGUCUUUGAACGGAGACCUCUUCUUCUCCAACGUGCUGCGCCAGGAUUCCCGUGACGACUACAUCUGCUACGCCCGCUUCCCGCGCACGCAGACCAUCCAGCAGAAGCAGCCCAUCAGCGUCAAGGUCCUCAACCUGGAUGCAAUCAAUGACACAGUGGAUGCAAUCAAUAACACAAUGGCAGCUUUUUACAAUGACACUGAUUUAUUUAGUGAGGAUCCAGUAGACGAGAGGAGGCCCACGUUCCUCACCCCGUCCGUUCCCUCCAGCUCCAAGAUGGUGCUGCGUGGUCAGGUGCUGGAGAUGGAGUGCAUUGCAGAAGGACUGCCCACUCCUGACAUCACCUGGGCCAAAGUGGGCGGCGACCUCCCCGCCACACGGACCUCCUUCCUGCACCACCACAAAACCCUCCGCAUCGCCAACGUGUCGGAAGCCGACGCGGGAGAAUACCAGUGCACCGCCAGGAACAAGCACGGCUCUGUGGGCCACACCAUCGGCGUCACGGUCAAAGCUGCUCCGUAUUGGAUCAGUGGCGCGCCCAGGAACCUGGUCAUGGCCCCAGGAGAGAACGGGGUUCUGACAUGCAGGGCCAGUGGCACACCCAAGCCCGACAUCCAGUGGGCCAUCAACGGCAUGGCCAUAGAGAAUUCCCCGAAGGAUCCCAGCCGCAAAGUGGAGGACGACACCAUCAUAUUCAGCCAGGUGCAGACGGGAUCCAGCGCCGUGUACCAGUGUAACAUCUCCAACCAGUAUGGCUACCUCCUGGCCAACGCCUUUGUCAACGUUCUCUCCGAGCCGCCCAGAGUGCUGACGCCGGCCAACAAAGUCUACCAGGUCAUCAGGAACCAGCCGGCGCUCUUGGACUGCACGUCCUUUGGCUCGCCCAUCCCCAAGAUCACCUGGUUCAAGGACAGUCGUUCAGGCACCCUGGAUGCAGAGACUCACACCACGCACGACAACGGUACUCUCGAAAUAGGCGUGGCUCAGCCUAAACACGGUGGCAAAUACACCUGCGUGGCCCGGAACUCCCUGGGGAUCUACGAGAACCACGUCCACCUGGAGGUCAAAGAGCCCACGCGCAUCCUGAAGCAGCCCGAGUACCGAGUGGUCCAGCGGGGCAGGUCCGUGGUGUUCGAGUGCAAAGUCAAGCACGACUCGUCACUCGUGCCCACGAUGACUUGGCUGAAGGACCACAGCGAGCUGCCCGACGAUGACAGAUUCUUGGUGGACUCUGACAGCCUCACCAUCAGCGACGUGACGGAGAGCGACGCCGGCGUGUACACGUGCAUCAUGAACACCACUCUGGACCAGGACUCCGCCAGCGCCGAGCUCACCGUCGUCGAGCGACCCGAACCCCCGACUGACCUUGAGCUGACGGACCAGGAAAAGAGGAGCGUUCAACUCACAUGGAUUCCCGGGGACGAGCACAACAGUCCUAUUCAAAAGUUUGUGAUCCAGUACGAGGACACGCUCCACCACCACAGAGGUCACUGGCACAAUCUGACCGAGGUGCCAGGAACCAAGACCACGGCGCACCUGAAGCUGUCCCCUUAUGUCCACUACACCUUCAGAGUCUUAGCACUCAAUUCCAUGGGUGUCAGCCGGCCCAGUUUCCCUUCCAAGAUGUAUAAGACGGAGGCUGCAGCUCCAGAUGACAAUCCCACAGAUGUGCAUGGAUUCGGAACAGAACACGACAAUCUAGUGAUCUCAUGGAAGCCGCUGUCAGGCCUGCAGGCCAAUGGGCCAGGACUGCACUACCGGGUGAUGUGGAGACAAAAGGUGAUGGACAGCGACUGGACCGCAGUGACCGUAGCAAACAACUCCAAGUUUGUGGUAUCUACAACACCCACCUUUGCUCCCUACGAGAUCAAAGUUCAAGCUGAGAAUGACUACGGAGCAGCGCCUGAGCCUGCCAUUGCUCACGGCUACUCCGGAGAGGAUCUGCCGGUUGCUGCUCCAGAGUCUGUGCAGGCCUAUGUGUUGAACAGCUCCUUGGCGGAGGUCCACUGGGAGCCCGUGCCUCACAAACUGAUACGUGGAUACCUCAAAGGCUAUAAGGUGUACUACUGGAGGGAUGGCAGCCUCCACAAACAUCACCCCCAUCACGCGGAGAAGCAGAUCCUGACGUUCAGCGGGAACCACAGCCAUGGGAAGUUGCCUGGCCUGCACCCUUUUAGCCUUUACUCCUUUAACGUCAGGGUCUUUAACGGCAAAGGGGAGGGUCCCCCGAGUGCCACCCAGCAGUUUGAGACCCCAGAAGGAGUGCCUGGGAUACCUUCCUCCCUGACGGUCACCAACACCAACUUGGAUUCUCUGAGCCUGGAGUGGCAGCCGCCUCAUGAGCUCAAUGGAGUCCUGACGGGCUACACUCUCAAAUACCAGCCAGUCAAUAGCUCCAAUGAGUGGGGCCCCGAGGAGGAGCUGGCCCUGGCCGCCAAUGAGAGCUCGGUCACUUUGCUGGACCUCAAGUUCAGCACGCGCUACAAGUUUUAUUUGAAUGCCAAAACGCACAAGGGGGCGGGGCCAGCCGUUACCAUGGAAGCGGUCACCAUCACGGAUGAAGCCGUGGCCAGCAGGCAGGUGGACAUCGCCACCCAGGGUUGGUUCAUCGGCCUCAUGUGCGCCAUCGCCCUCCUCAUCCUCAUCCUCCUCAUCAUCUGCUUCAUCCAGAGGAACAAGGGAGGCAAAUAUCCAGUGAAGGAGAAGGAGGACGCACAUACCGACCCAGAGUUCCAGCCCAUGAAGGAUGAAGACUGCACUUUUGGGGAAUACAGGUGAGAGAAAAAGCUCCACCCCAGAAUCCUUUGACACGCCCUCUUUUCCCCCACUUCCACCUGACAAUGAUCACCUGAGCAACAAAACCAGGAAGUGUCUCCAGUACCACAAAGCACAAGAUUCUUUGGUCCUUGCUUUUCUUGGGCUCUGGAAGCGUCCAGGAUGGCUCAUAUCAGACUCUGUGCUGUCAGAAGCAGGAUUGUUCAGGUUCUCAGGAUUAAGGUCCUUUCUCUGACAUACAAAUAAUUCCUUUGCAACACAAAGUGGCCCUAAGCUCCGCCUCCUCCUGUAAUAAGCUAUUGCGUGCACUCGGGGUGUAACGUGACAUUUGGGUUCAGUAAUGGAACACAAACAUAAAACUGCCUGGCCUCCCAUCAACAACAUGGGCCUUGUUCACACUGCAGGUUCAUGACCAUGUUCUUCUGCCCACACGCCACCGUUAUCCACAUUGUCUUAUGUUCAUGUGAACAAUUCCGUAUUGUUCAUAUCCCACCCAGGCCUCUUUGCUACGUGGACUUGAUUGGACGUGUCCGACUGCUCGCUCAUAGCAAGGUUGAGCGGGAUAUAUGUUAGGUCAGGAAAAAACACAGAGGCUAUUUCAUCCCUACAAGCCUGUUUUGCAGGUUUUCCCGAGCAGGGAAACAGGCUUG